AAAACCAACGCAACUGGACUCCGAAUGCGGCUGUAGGAUUGGAGCCGGUUAGGGAUGUAUGAGACGCCGUGAGCGCUGGUGUCGAUGGAACGUGAAGGUUUGAAAGCUGAUUUGUGUACAGACAAGGAGCACUAAAGCGCCGCUGCACUUAAAGUGCUCUUCAACGAUGGAUUCGAAUUCCAAGCCUCGCCGGCUGCCAUUCACAGUCUCCAGCUCUUCAUCUCUGUCCUCCCCCACGUCCUUCUCCUCCUCUUCCUCGGCUCUGAGUGCCGGCCGGCUCUACGGCAGAGGGACUGUGCUGGGGAGCGAGCGCUUCGGCCGGGGCGCCGUGGGAAAGCUGGACUCGGACUGCCAGAGCCAUUCCCGUAUUCCGGGUUCCAGCAGGGAUUACGGCUCAUCUGAGAGCUGCCACUCCAGAUGGAAGAUGUCCAUGCCUCUCUCCUCAUCCUCUGCGUCGUCUUCGCUGUGUGACCGCCCGUGGGUGGGGUCCGCUUACGGAGGAAGAAGCAAACCUGUGGAGUCGGAGAGAGGAUCAGGUUCGUACUCCAGUUUCCUCGGUUCAGCUCAAGACGACGAGUCGAAACGAGCCAAGCUUUCGUACACGAACAGAUCAGCCUACAGCAGAACCUCAACAUCUACAGCCAGCAGCACCUACACAGGAGAUUCUUUGUGGAAGUCCAGCCUUAGCCCUCUGUCCCGGUCCUCUUCAUCUUCCUCGUCUUCAUCAGACGAUCUGUGGGCUCGCCGGGAUGUGGAGAAGAGGACCGAGCCGGGUCUGUCUGGUCUGGGAGAGAGCAGCUGCUGGUCCACGCCGCUGACCUCCUCACUGUAUCGCCCAGAGCGCGUGACCUCCACGUACGCCCAGGGAGCCCGACCCAAAGAGAGUCUGUACUCCUCAUCCCGCAGGGAGAGCAGCACCUCCUCAAGCCGUCGUUUUGUCCCGUCUUCACAAAGGCUGGUCUCUGACUACCAACCCAGUCCCCGUCUCUCCCGGGACUCGUCGCGAUUCUCCACCCCCCAAUCUGACCCGUUCUCCUUGUCCUCCUGGAGCUUAUCCCCUUACACACCUCUAUCAGCACGGAGCUCUAGCCCUCCUCCGUCUAGCCAUGCUCCUGUGCCAAACCCCUCCUCCGAGAGCGGCGACUCGGACGGCAGAAGUACAACCAGACGUCUGUUGUCUCGUCUGUUUUCUAGGCGCUCCAGCCAGGAGUCGAGCUCUGCCUCCGGAUCAGGUUCAGCCUCAAGGUCCUUCGACUCUGGGCCUGAGGAGGUUCCUCCGUGCGAACCCCAGGUUCCGCCCAGAGAGCGGGAGACCGCCGAGACGGAGCUGAGAAGCUCCUGGCUGAGCUGGAACCGCUGCAACCCUCUGUUCUCGCGCCGCAGGAGAGAGGGACGAGACGAGAGCGCUCGCAUGGACGCCCACUCGUCCGCGCACAUCCCUCUCGGCAGUCCUGAAGGUGGACAGCAAAAUUCCAGUCAGGAAGAAAAAGCGGACGAAGACGAAGAGGACGAAGAAGACGACGUGUCUGAGGGAGCCACGGCCGCUCCUCAAAACAGAACUUCUGGACUCUCCUCCCUCCUGCAGGAUGCUGCACGUAUCCCUGCUCGGAACCCUGGGAUCACCCGGGUCAUGACCAGCCCCCUGUUCCGGAUGCCGCAGAACGUGAUUAUAGGAUUGGAUGCGGCGGUGGAUGGACAGAAUCAGGCCGAGGCCCAAGGGAAAGAGAAGCCUGCUCCUUCUAGAGAUCCAGAGAAGCUCCGGAAGAUUCAGGAGAGCCUGCUGCUGGAGGACUCGGACGAAGACGAAGGGGAUCUUUGCAGGAUCUGUCAGAUGGGAGAGACUUCAAGCUCAAACCCUCUCAUAGAACCAUGCAGGUGCACAGGCAGCCUGCAGUACGUUCACCAGGACUGCAUCAAGAAGUGGCUCCGUUCCAAGAUCAGCUCCGGCUCAACCCUGGAGGCCAUCACUACAUGUGAGCUGUGCAAGGAGAAGCUCCACCUAAACAUUGAGAACUUCGACAUUAACGAGCUUUACAGGUCUCACGAGCGGUCGGAGUACGAGUUCAUCAGCUGUGGCCUUUACCUGGUGGUGCUGCUGCAUCUGUGUGAGCAGAGGUUCUCCGAUGUUCUUGGUGCGGUCAAUGAAGCCGGGUUUUUCAACUUGGCGAGAACUCUUCACGAACACAUGGACAAUCUUGAAAACUCUUACACCGAAUCCGACGAAGACGAUACACAGGACAACAGGCCGUCCAUCGAUUUCGGUGACCUAGAGGAUGAAGAGUUGGAGGAGGAGGAGUUUUAAUCAUUGCUAUGACAACGGCUCUAUUUCCUGUCAAAUGGGGCUGUAAAAAUACUGUCCACAGCCCUGGACGAGGGCCUUUACAAUAUGCAGAUACACCCGUCUCAGGGGUGUGUGUCAGAGUGUGUGUGUGUGUGUCAGUGUGUCACCUUCCCUUAGGAUUUUUGAUUGAGAAUUUUUAUUUUUCCGUUCGUUUCGCAUCUAAAUAAAUGUCGAGCGCAUUGCAAAACAUUAGAGUGAGACGUGAAGGACUUCGAGGCGUGUCGCUUGCUGUGAGCACUCGCAUGCACGCUGAACGGGAUGAGGGCGGGGCUAAGGGUUGGGCUGUGGGCGGGGCUUUGGAUCGAGCCAGCUACGUGCGAUCGUUAGCGAGGCAAAUGUUAACCAGUGUAGGUGUUUAAGGUGAUGAGAUUUUGAAAUUAAUAAUUAAAGAUGGUUGGAAAAAAUUAAUCCCCAUUUCUUCGUUUUUAUUGUUGGUUUGUUUUUGUUUAGUUUAUUCAUGACACGGAUUCGUUUUAAAGAGUUCGAAGCGAGAGUGCGAGCGCAUGGUCGGCUGUUCCGUUGUCCGUCUAAACGUUGUUUUUGAAAAUGGGGAGAGGGGGGAAAAGGUCGUUCGUCCUGCUUACACAUUUUUCUCGAUUAUUACAAUAAAAAGUUUUGGAUGUACGGAGGUACAUCACACGCA